AUGGCACAAAUUCUAGCGGAAUCGCCCAUUGGACAUGGACGGUUUAUACAACCACUUCCGGCAGUCCGCGAACAAUCCAAACUGUCGGAUGUUCCGUCUAUGAAGAAUAUGCACCAAAGAAAGAAGUCACGAACGCGGCGGGACUCUAUGAUAAGUCUUCUCCGACAGGAUUUAAAAGAUGUAGAAUCUCUCCCGGCUAUUCGGAAGUAUCGGUAUUCACUAGACAGUGCAAUGGAUGAUGACCGAGGCGAUGUUUUCACUUCCUUAAGUACAAGCCGUAUUCACCGAAGAAGAAGCUCAUUUUUCGAUAGAUCUGCAAUUCGUCGCCGCUCGUCGACCAAUUCCGAUGGUGCGGGCGAUAUACAAGUGACAGAGUAUGAAAUGAAAAAAAUAGCAAUGCUUCAAUCGCUGAAUUCAAUGGGCGUGCAGCUUCCGGAUAAGAAAAUGAAGCGCAAGAUUUCUGAAGCUGAAGUAGCGAUGUAUGAGAGUCUUGCAUUGAAAAAGAAAACAAGUCUGACGACGAGGAUGUUAGGGUUUUCAACAGAUAGAAGUACAAGACCGCGUCGCCGAAGUCGAUCAAAAGAUCGGACAUCACAGUCAACACCGGUGAAAACACCAGAACCAAGCCAGGAAAACAAAGAAAAGAUGAAACAAGUUGUUGACAUAAUGAGAAAGAAAUCCAAUUCCUCUCCUGUAACGGUUCCUGGACAGAUAAAACGGCCAUCUUUAACUGGAUCUGAGCCUGGCUCCGAGGUUAUUAAUAAUUUCCGACGAAGGCUGAUUCGGAAAAGAAAGGGGAGGCCAUAUCAAAGGUUUAGAAGCCUAGCCAGAUUUCUUGUUGUACUUUUACGAGCCUGGAGAAUUCACUCACAAUCAGUUGGUGAAAUACUCGGAAAAUUCGACACGCUGGAUGCCAUGACAAAUACAGCAGGGGCCUCUAACCUGCUGUUUGACAUCACCGAAUUCAAGGCAUCAAAACAGUCCAGUGUGUCGAACGAAACAAGAAGAAUACUUGAGAAACGACCUAAAGAAAGGAAAGAGGACGAGAUCCACUAUUUACAGACAGCACUAAGGAACUACAAAUCCAUAGCUGAGUACCCAGUGAGGAUGCAAAAACUCAUCGCACAAAGGGGCUGGCUUGAGUCAUACGACGCAAAACGAGUUAUCAUAAGAGAGGGUCACAUCGCUCGUGGGUUUUACUUCAUACUGACUGGUGCAGCUGUCGUCUCGAUGUUGGAUUCUAAGACCAAGCAAGCAAAGACAGUGCUUUUUCUGAACCGUGGUGACAGCUUUGGGGAACAAGCGAUUAUAACGCAGUCCUUACGACAAACUACUGUCAUCUCACGAGAAAAGAUAGAACUUCUUGUGAUGGGAGACACGGAUUUUGUUGACAUCUUCAUGUCUGGUGGCCUUCAAGAUCCUAAUGAUCCCUUCCUAAGAUCUAUACCAUUUCUGGAAGACUGGCCGAUCGAAAAACUUGCUGAACACCCGAAGAAAGCAAUACUGAGCUAUUUCAAGCGUGGGACGAUCCUUGUACCAGACAGUAAAGACAGUGAAUGGCUGUUUGUGGUCAAGUCGGGAAGCUGCAGUAUAUUCAAAAAGUUGGAAAACGUGAAUGCAAGAAAGUACAGAAGACCUACACGAGCUCUGGAGUACAGAGAGAAAUUGGUUGCGGCAGCAAAGAAUGACAGUGUGAUAUCACAUGAAGAUCAGAUAACACUUUUACGGGAAGAUGAAAUUAAACGACUUGAGCAGAAAAAUCUCUACUUCCGCUUUUAUGCCCUGCCUGAAAUAAACAUUGCUACUAAUGCAGCCUAUCAAGAAUUAAGGAAACUGCACUUUGAGCAUAUCAACCAGAAUAGCGUUACGCGAGCGUUAGGUAACUUAGGAGCAAUGUCUAUGCAUGGUGGCGACACAGAAUCCGUGGUGACUGAGGCCGAGUCUAAAUACAGAGAACAUGCACAAGAGGAGGUUAAAAAUUUCCGGAAAAAAUCCAUGGCCAAUCUACACAAUUUGGUCGCAAAGGGUCCUUACCUGAAGCCCAAGCAACUGAUUUCUGAUGACGGUCACCGUCCGCAAUCUACAACGACAUAUGCGGACGAUUUUGAGACCGAGGUAGAGCGGAAGAGGAAGCAGGUGACCAUCAGAUCGGACACACCAGAUAGUAUGCCGCCGGCACCAGCGGAAGACCCACCGACAUUUAUUGAAGUAAGAAUUCUACAGAAAGGAAUGUCUUUCGGAGUGGAGGAGUUGGUGUUUGACAAUCAGCCAGGUUUCAGUCUUGUCAGCAAUGGCGUGGAGGUCAUGAUGAUUAAUAAGAAGUUCUUCCAAGAAUAUGUCAACAAUGACAUGCUAGUCAGGUUGAAAGAGAGGACAUAUCCGUAUCCUUCCGAUGAUGACCUGAAAAAGAACUUGGAACUUCAGUUGUCUUGGGACCACCACAGGAAAGCGGAGGUGAAUAAUACUCUUAGGGAUAUCAAGCUGAAGCGUUGCACACCCGGUGAUGCGAGGGCAAUCUUGGAUAUUCCUGCAGAAAUCAGAUAA